AAUAAUGUGACCGACCUUCCCCGCCAUGUUAUCGGGCGCGCACGGGCUUGCGGUCGCACGAAGUGGAAAUGUAACGGCAGGCCGGGAUGAUAAGGACCAAGUGAGGAGCAAUUGAGCCGCACGCACAGCUUCGAUCUGGUUAUGAUGGGUGAUGCAAGAGCUGCUUACUUCGACUGGUAGCAUGAAACAGCUGCAGCACAUCGUGCCGCUCAAUGACUAGAAAGCAGCGCCUAAGUCUCAGAAAGCAGUCGCCCAAGCCAUAGACGGCAAGACGAUAGAGAUAUAUUAUAUGUGUAUGCACACCUCAGGCGACGAUGAGGUGGUUCUCGGCGGGGCUGGCAACAGUGCUGGCGGUCGUGGAGGGCGCGUCCGCUCUCAGCGCGGGCAAUGAGGUCAACGUAUCGAUGUGCAACUGGGCUGAGUUUCGAGCUAAUAUCAUCCGCGACACGGUCUAUCUGGAUGGAGGGCUACUGUGGUGGCAGCAGUCCUUUGCUAGCGGUGACAACACUUUCGUCUCCAACGACGGCAAUGUGCACGGCUCGACGUACACCUUCGCCCUCGGGCAGCCGUUCAACCAGUCGACCAACCUGACUGCCCUGUUUCAACUGUUGUCUGAGACCGGCGGCCAGCAGACGACUAACAUCGCGCCCAACUACAUCGAUGGCACAAUGUUUGCGACCGCCGACGAGAUGAUCCUCUACGGAGGUCUCCUGCUGGCCACCAACAGCUCCAAUCCACCUCCUGCUGACUUGGUCCUGGCGUACGAGGCCUACCAGCCACACUCGGACACUCAAAAGAACACAUUUCUCAACAAGGACCUACCGACGAAUGUAACACGCUAUGUCACUAACGGGGCUGGGGUCUCGAGUAUAAGCGAGGGACUGGGCUUCUACUUCAGCGGCAUGCGAGCUCCCGACGGGGGAGCGAUCUUCUCCAAUUUGGAUGGAACGGCCAACACUGUGGCCAAUACCCUAAUUACUGUGAAUAUGUCAGUUAUGGAAUCCGAGUUAUGGUCCAAUGAUUCCUUGCCACCAAACAUCUCGGGCCGAGCAAAUGCGGAGCUUGCCUGGCUUCCAGUUGCAGAUCGGGGCGUCUUGGUGGCAAUUGGAGGUGUUAUCAAUCCGGUGAGUUUGACCGCGGCCCAGGGCUUAAAUAAUUCACAGGCUUCCGCGAGUGAACAUAUAAGCCCGACUUUCAUGGAAACGGUCUCUGUAUAUGAUGUCGCUAGCAAGAAAUGGUAUCAGCAAAAUACAACUGGAGACACUCCACCGCAACUAACCCUGUUCUGCUCUGCUGUAGCGAUUGCUCAAGAUCGCUCGUCGUAUAACAUUUAUAUAUAUGGUGGAUAUAACGGGAUAAAUGCUACCGCUACUCCUUCCGAUGACGUAUACAUCCUAUCAGUACCACAGUUCGUCUGGACACACGCAUAUAAAGGUCAGGCAUCACAUGGUCGAAGCUCGCACAAAUGUCUUGCUGUUUAUCCAGAUCAAAUGAUGGUAUUCGGUGGCAUUUUUCAAAACAAUCCAAAUGUCUGCGUUGAUGGUGGGAUCGUUGAGGUAUUUAACAUGAACAAGCUAGUUUUUGAAGACUCAUACGACCCACGUGUUUGGAACGAGUAUCAAGUUCCCAGUGUUGUGACUGCCAAAAUUGGCGGCGACGCAAAUGGCAGUGCUACAAUGCUGUCACCCUCCUCAUGGAAUAACGAAGCCCUGUCAUCUAUCUUUUCGACACGGUACACUAAAACGAUUCCGACUUAUUAUCCAUAUACAUACCUGGCCCCAAACUCAACAACCAGUUCUAGCUCUACUCCAGUUCCGACGAUCGCUAUCACAGGCGGAAAUGGAGGUUUACCGACCUGGGUAGGUCCAGUCCUGGGAGUUGUCCUGGGAUUAGUCGCCAUAGGUGCGGCAAUUAUUCUAUUUCUUCUCUGGAGGCGUAGAAACAAUCGGAAGAACUCCGGUGCGAGUGACACCCAGGGCAGCGCAGCCGGGCUCAAAGGGUUUGUACUCCGAUGGCUAUAUGGCACGGCCGGCCAGGAGGGAAGAUCUGUAGGAAAGGGUCCAACAGAGCUGGGAGUGGAAGACGAUGAUACAACGGUGGUGUCAUCCACUAGACACCGCCAUGUAUCUGAAGCGGGCAGUAUGGAAUUGCACGAAAUGGCAGCACGUGAACAGCCUCGUUUUGAAAUGGCGGCCAGUUUCAACGGGUCUCCAACAUGGAGUCGCUCUAGCUGGUCUCACUCCGAAGUUUCCCCGCCACUUGCUUCACCUAGCAUUGGUGAACUGAUGGAAAGAGACCCAUUAGACAGUGCCCUACCCACCCCACAGUCAGCCAUUGGGCCUCCAACAAUGCGUCCUACUCUAGCUCAUACGCGACAUAUAAGUGACCGAAGUGAUGAGACUAGUGUCUCGGAAUUAGAGGCUCCGAGCCCUAGGCGACCAGCGCAUAACCGGCAAGGGUCCGACAAUUCAGUCUCAGAUGCGAAUUCCAUCACUAUUGCAAGCGAAACCAAUUCGUCUAACACCUUUGCUCCUGAAGAUCGCCAGGCACAGUCUCCAAGCCCAGCGCGCAUUGAGCGCAUUCAGACAGUGCACGAAGUCGAUGAGCCUGAUAGCCCCGGCCUGGCAGCCAGGCUUGUUCGUGAAUGGGAUGCCGAGAGUGUUUCUAGCCAAGCGCGAAAUCAUGGACGGAGCGAGCUUGAGUAGCCAUUCGUCGUGAACAGUGCAAUCUAGGGAAUUACUAAUAAUGGAUAUUUUUGAAACGAAAGUUCACGCCAUAUUUUGUGACGAAAAAUGUGAUGAGUGUUAUGCUUUUUACGAACUGUAUAUAUAUAUACAAUUUAAUUCUAAAUACAUCAAUUGAUGGCUUUAUUCCUAUCA